CGAAGCAUGUCGGGAGUUGUAGUCAAGCGGCGGCCAGGAGGGCUGGAUGGGAAGAAGGAGCGAGGCAGGCGUCCCCGAGGCAGGUAGGCGCCUCCGCCUUGUUGCUGGCUUCCUCCACUCAGAGGAAGAGGAAGAGGAGGCCCAGAGACCCGGAGGAGAGGCUGAGGAGGUGGAAGAGCUGAUAACUGAAGUAAAACUGAAUGUGCAAGCUACUUAAGUUCUACAGUCAAGAAGUGGCAACUUUUCAAAGUUUUCGAAUGAAGGAUGGCUACUCCAUAUGUUCCUGUUCCAAUUCCUAUAGGAAGUUCUAAUAGUUUUACCACACAUAGAAACCAAAGAAGAUCAUCUCUUGGGAGCCUUUCAACAUGUUCAGAUUCUUCAAAGGGACAGCUAGAGGAUUCUUCUAACAGUAGUUUCAAAAAGAUGAGUGUCCCCGAUGAGAUUGGUGUCACUUCAUCUCCUUGUAAUAGCCCACUUGUAAGGACUAAAUUUAUAGGUAUGAACACAUCUAUGGAAUACUGCACACAGCCAUCAGAAGAUAGUGAGCAAAAUAUAGACACUAGGAGCUGGGAAGAUCGGCCUGCCACACCUACGAUACUAGGUUAUGAGGUGAUGGAAGAAAGGGCAAAAUUCACUGUUUAUAAAAUCCUUGUUAAAAGAAAUCCAGAAGAAAAUUGGGUAGUCUUCAGAAGGUAUACAGAUUUCUCCAGGCUUAAUGACAAGCUGAAAGAGAUGUUUCCUGGUUUUCGAUUGGCUCUUCCACCAAAGCGCUGGUUCAAGGAUAAUUACAAUCCUGACUUUUUGGAAGAUAGGCAGUUGGGACUACAAGCAUUCCUACAAAAUUUAGUAGCUCACAAAGACAUUGCUAAUUGCCUUGCAGUCAGGGAGUUUCUCUGCUUGGAUGAUCCUCCUGGACCAUUUGAUAGCCUUGAAGAGAGCAGAGCUUUCUGUGAAACACUGGAGGAAACAAAACCGUCUGCAAAGGAACUCAUUGAAAAGCAGAAAGAAGUGGAAGCUCUAAAAAAAUACUAAAUGAAAAGAGUAUAUAUAAAUGCUAUGGAGAAAACGAUUGGGGAUUUAAAUUUAGAGGAAAUGAAGUCUUAUGCUUUUCCAGGACAGGAGAGUGGGAGCAGUGGAGAAGUAGAAUCAUCUGCAAUAGAGGCAGAUCAAGGAGCCUUGGAAGAACACAACUGUUAUGAAAAGGAAGUUCAGAAGACAUCUUGGAGUGGUUCAUUGGCUGUAAAUCCUGUACCAGAAAUUGAAGUUGCUGAAGUAGCAUGUACAGCUGAUUGAUGAGAUUUAAAUACCACCAACUGCCUUUAUAGUAGUGUAAAAAUAAACAAAUCAUUAUAUCCAGAACAUGUUGAACAAAAGCAUACAGUGAUCUAAAGCGGAAAAAGGGAGGCACAAGCUUGAAUGUUUACAUAAACUGAUCUUGGAUAACUCUUUGGCAUAGGAAGGAUAGUCAGUGCUGCUUUGAUUCAGCUGUUAUCUAGCAUAUAUAGAUAUAUAUAUUAAUAUAUUAAAAGCUCUAGUUAAGGCCAGUUCAGGUUAUGCUUAGAAUCAUAAGUCAUGUGUAUCAGUUAUAAUUUAUCAAAAUGUAAACACUUUGUGUCACGUGUAGAUACUCAUCAUGUCUGUUUAUCAUUUGGCAUGCUGUAUAUCACAUGUUUGCUACUAAUACAUGACACUUUCUAUGGGCAGCUUUUGGUAUCUGGUUUUUCAGAUUCCUUAUAUAGGCAUAUAAUGGUAUGCUAUGGGAACUCUGUAUUCUGGGUUUAGAGGAAGGAUAUGACCUGUUGUGUUUUUAAAAAUGUUAAGUGUAGCUAAUGGACAAAAAUUUUAAUUCAAUAAAUUAGGAAAGCUCACAGUACCAAAAUAAUAUCUCAAAAAUGGGAAUAUGAUUAAAAGGUUUUUUUGACAGAAGGGAGAUAAUCUUAGAAAAAUAAACUAUAGAACUCAAAGACACUAUCGGUGUUCACCUUCCCUUGAAAAUAUUGUUAAGGUGGAUAAGUAGUUAAACUGUUCUUUAAAAAAAUUCCAUUACAUUUUUGUCACAUAAUCAACAAUUCUGCCUUAUAUAAAAACACUACCUCUUUGUUGCUAAUGUGUAAGUGCACUCUUUCAAAUACAUAUAUUAUAUAUAGAAAGUUUGUGUUUGUAAGCCAUACCUCUGCACAAUUCAUUACCUUCCUUAAAUCUUAUAUAAAGAACACAUUGUUGCAAUUUGUGUGUGUGUGUUUUCAGGAUAUAAAACACAUGAAUGUGCUACAAUUAGUUAUGUAGCUUAUUUUCAAAUUGUAUAAUGUCCAGUAAUGCACUUUAUAAUUAUAAUAAGUCUUCUCGUGCCAAGUUCAUUGGCUCUUUUAUGAGUUGAAUCUUUGAACUAAGAGAAGGUGAUCACAAUUUGAUCAGCAGUGCCUCUAUGUAUUUUCUUUGAUACAGAUGUUUGUUAUAAUAGUGUGGGUCAGCUUUAUGGAAUCUUCAAAAUCAUUCUGCUCAGCAGUUGUUUGCUGAAAGUGCCUUUUGUCUGUUCUUCUAGUGGAAAGAAUGCCGCUUUUGUUCAUCUCUGUGCCACCUACUUCCUUGUUUUAUUUCUGUUAAAUACAGUCUCCAUGUGUUUGCAAGUUUCAAUGUUCACUUUGUUUUGGGGGGGAAUAAUGACAAAGAUCCCUGUAGAACUGUAUAAAACCAUCUGGGGCAAAUAAAUAUUUGGUCAUGAUGGCAA